AUGGCUGUGUUGCCUGUUCAACAAGCCUUUGCGUCGCUGGAGAAUCCUCAGCUCUUGCCGACUCCUCCGAUGGGAUUCAACAACUGGGCCAGAUUUGAAUGCGACUUAAACCAAACCCUCUUCACAGAAACAGCAGACGCAAUGGUCUCAAGAGGUCUCCUCAAAGCUGGCUACGACCGCGUCAACAUCGAUGACUGCUGGCCUCUUUACGAGCGUGCUCAGAAUGGGAGCUUGCAAUGGAACGAGACACUCUUCCCCAAUGGGCUGCCUUGGUUGGGCAACUAUCUAAAGCAACGCGGCUUUCACUUUGGCAUCUAUUCGGAUGCUGGCAAUGAGACUUGUGGUGGCUAUCCUGGAUCACUCGGCUACGAGGAGAUUGACGCAAAGACGUUCGCUUCUUGGGGCAUUGAUUACCUCAAGCUGGAUGGAUGUAAUGUCUACCCUAAGCCAGGACAGUCUGAUGAGGAGCGUUAUCAGGAGAUCUACUCACAUUGGCAUGAUAUCUUCAGUCAUUCUGAGAAUCCACUUAUCUUCUCCGAGUCGGCUCCCGCAUACUUCGCUGGUGAGGAUAACUUGACCGAUUGGUAUACGGUUAUGGACUGGGUUCCGGUCUAUGGAGAGCUUGCUAGGCAUAGCCAGGAUGUUGUUGUCCACAAAAGCAGCAAGCGACCUUGGAACAGUGUUAUGGCGAACUAUGAUCAAGAAGUGAGACUUGCUCGAGAGCAGGGUGUCGGAUACUACAACGACCCGGACUUCUUAAUUGCUGAUGAGCCGGAAUUGACAUUCGAGGAGAAGAAGAGCCACUUCGCCCUCUGGUCAUCACUCUCCGCGCCGUUGAUUAUCAGCGCGUACAUCCCCGAUCUCCCCGAGGAGACUAUCGAAUACCUCACCAACGAGAACUUCAUCGCCGUAGACCAGGACAAACUCGCCUUACAAGCCACUCUGGUCUCGCACGACGGAACAUGGGACGUGCUGGCGAAGUCUCUCUCCAACGGAGACCGCCUGGUUACAAUCCUGAACAACGGCAGCAGCACCGGCACCAUUGAAGUCCCGCUGUCAAGAAUCGGAUACGCAGGCUCCUCGCAACGCGGCUGGUGGCCUGGCCCUGGUUCCAACCUCCAAGUCAAAGAUCUCUGGACUGGAAAGGUCUCCUCGCUGAGUGCUCAGGGGCGAAAUGCCGCGAUUAAAGCUACUGUCCCUUCUCACGGCACGGCAUCGUACCGCAUCAGUGCGAGGCAGGGUCCAAGACCUUACGGCUCGUCUUCUGCUGGAUCAUUGUGGACCCCAACGGGAAUCAUCUUCAACGCAGACUCGUUCCACUGUCUCACGUCCCGUAAUGGGAAACUCAGCUGGACGACCUGUGACGCCUCGGACGGACAGGUGUGGCGAGUUGGGAAGAAUGGCGCUACGAUCAAACCCCUUUCCAACAGUAAUGAGUGUCUCGCACCCUCUGGGGGCCAGGCUACGUUGGGUCCUUGCCGUGGCGGUUCUCAGUGGAAGUAUGAUCGUACCGGGAACAUUCGGAGUACGGCGAACUCGAAUAGUUGUCUUACGGAGGGGAGUGAUGGCAGCGUGGUGGUUCAGGCAUGUGGACGGUUGGAGGAUAGUCAGGUCUUUGAUAUUCCUUCGGGGUGGCAGUUGUAA